AUGACCAAGACCGUUGGAAAGACGACAGCAUUGCGAUGCUUAUCCAUGGCUUUGGAACGACAGCUAGCAAGAGAACAAUUAAUUGAAGGAGAAGAAUGGUAUUUAGUUUCUAUAUUGUGGUGGAAACGUGUGCUAGGUACGUCAUCAAGUGAUGAAAGUGAAGGCCAAACAGAUGAUGACUCGGAGGACUCGGAGGACACUUUGCCGCAUGGAAAUGACAAUGAUCAAGUGGAAAACAGCAUUUUACUUGACAUAAAUCUUAGCAGUCGUAAACGCAAUGUUGCUGUACUUAAACCCAUGCUAGUAGAAGGAAAAGAUUAUCGGCUUGUAAGUCAACAAGUGUGGAACCAAUUGUCCGACUAUUUUGGCUUUGAUUGGGAGAUUGCAAGACCUGUGGUGGCUCGAGGACCUGCCAAGAAUCGAGUUGUUGAGGUCAAUCCAUUUACUUUUGAAGUGUUAGCGUGGCGCAUGGGACUGGAAGAGCCGAUGGAGCUUUUAGAUAUAGAACAGAAACCACUGGUACUGAUGGCCAGUGAAAAUUGCUCGUUGAAGGAGCUACAACUGCAGAUUUGGAAUGCUGCGGCGAUGGAGCCGCAGCUGAGAGAGAUGUUUCCUGAUGUGACAGCGGAGACUGUUGGUCUAGCGGUGCAGGUUUGCUACCGCAUGAAUGAGGGUUCGGCCUGGACAGCGUUGAGUAAUGCAGUGGAGAAGAAGGAGAAAUGGACGUGUAAUGGCUUUACGAGUGCGAAGGGCCCAGGAAGUGUGUCAGAAAGUACGACAGUGGGUGAACUGCAGCUGGAACCGCGGAAUUAUAAGCAUGGUAAAGAGAAGCUGCACCAUUUGCUGGUGGAGGGGCGGUUUACAAUUUUCGGCGCAAACAGCGAAACUGAUUGGAGACACGGAAAAUUUUACAGCGAAAUUCAGGCAAACGCAUGGAGGUUUACAUUAAAGAAAAACCAGCUUAUUGACGCACUUGAUACAGAUCACAAAUGGUAUGAAUCUCGCAUCAUCGAUCUAAAUUCCAACAUGGUGCUAGUACAUUUUCGUGGAUGGACGGCGAAAUGGGACGAAUGGAUUCAGCGAACAUCGACACGAAUUGCACCAUUGCACACCAAGGUUCCAAAUUGGCGCAACUUCCAGAUUAAUGAUGAAAUUCUUGUGGGUGAGCCAGUAAAAAGUAAGAGCUUUCCGGAGUGGCGUAUUGCCCGCGUCAUUGAUGUGCGAAUUUCCGAUGUAGACAACUCGCUUUGUGUUGAGUUUGAUGUGGAUGGCACAAAGCUGUGGAUGAAUGCCCAGGAUGAAUUGUUGUGUCCUCUGGGAACGCAUAAGGCAGUCAAUGCUUCAAAUUUGGCCAAAUCACGAACGUCUUCUUUUCUAUCUGUAAGCUCUUAUUCCCGACACGACCAAGGUUAUGACGCAGGGCGAGGACGUCCGGAGUUUGAUGGUGUGAUCGGGCUUUCAAAUCUGGGUAACACAUGCUUUUUGAACAGUAUGUUGCAGUGUUUAAUUAACACGGCGCCUCUCCGAGAGUACUUUUUAAAGAAAGACUCAAUCACUGGGUGUCCUUUCUUUAUGAAAGAGAUCAACCGAGAUAAUCCACUUGGAAUGAAAGGCAUGAUGGCAGUUGAGUUUGCCAGCUUGUUACGCAGAAUGUGGAGCAACGAAUAUAAGGUGGUCACCCCGACCAAAGUGAAGUCUGUAAUUGGCCAGUAUGCACCACAGUUUGCUGGGUACCAGCAACAGGAUAGCCAAGAGCUUAUGAACUUCUUAUUGGACGGCCUACAUGAAGACCUAAACCGUGUCAAGUUGAAGCCGUAUACAGAACCCGUUGAGCAAAAUGGUCGCAGUGAUUUAGAAGUAGCCCAAGAGGAGUGGAAGCAGUUUCUUCGCCGUAACGACAGCAUUAUUGUGGACAAUUUUAUGGGCCAACUUCGUAGUCAUGUGACGUGCUCGAAUCCUGAUUGUGGACACGAGUCGAUCACUUUUGAUCCAUACAUGAAUUUGUCCGUUCCGAUUCCUAACAACAAAACUGUUGCCGUACAAGUGCAGUUAUUCUGGGCUAAUGGCGAUAUCCCGAUGAAGUACGCUAUGCGUCUUUCGAUGGAUGGCUGCUCCUUACGCGACGCAAAAGUGGCUUUAAGUAAGCUUUCAAGCAUUCCUGUUUCGCGGAUGUUCUUUGUCGAAGUAUGGAAUCAUCAAAUUCUUAAAGUAUAUUCUGACAAGUUGCCCAUUGACCGCGUUCGCGAUGGCGUCCUUCACGCGUACGAGUUGGAAUUGCCGGUGACAGACUAUGCAUUUGCUUCACCUACUAUUCGCCCAUCAAGUGGACAGCGAAGAUUAGGGGCGACUGAAUCUGAGUUACCACUUGCGAAGCUAAUGCAUUUAGUAGAGCUGUCGCACCAAGCACCAGCUGCUUCGCCAGUGGAUGGACGAUCUAGUGUCAAUGGCUGCAGUAAAUUGAGCGAAGAUGGACUAGGAUCUAAGCAGCAACGAGUGGAGGUAGAGCUGUUCAAUACGCCUCUUCUUGUGUCCAUCAACGAGAAAUGGACAAAAGCCGAGAUUCAUAACAAAGUAUGGCAAACUGUGCGUCGCCUUGUGGCCAUGAAGGAAUCCGAUAAUGACUCUGGAACUAAUUUUGGCUGUGGCAUAAACCAACAACUGCCGUAUCGCUUGCAUGUGACAGAUCCUAAAGGUAGAACCACUUUUAUAAGUGAACUUUCGUGCAAUGAUGAGCCCAUGGGCUUUCCUGAUAGCACAAACACACCAUUCCGAUUUACGCUUGAGUGGAAUCGCAAUGGCUACCAACGAGGCUACAACGAAGCAUUAGCAAAGCGAAUUGAGCUUCAUGAAUCCAUGGAAAAUAUGAAAAUUUUGCCGACGACUGACCCCGUUACGCUUAUUAACUGUUUGACCAAGUUUACGGAACGUGAACAGCUUGGCGAAGCAGAUACUUGGUAUUGUCCCAAGUGCAAGAACCACGUCCGGGCGUUCAAGAAAUUCGACCUCUUUUCGCUUCCUCGAGUACUUAUCUUUCACUUAAAGCGCUUUCGCUACGCGCAGAACUCGUUUUAUAUGCACCGUGACAAAAUUUCGACAUUGGUAGAUUUUCCCAUCGAUAGCCUGGAUCUCUCUGAGUACGUGAUUGGGCCGCAAAAUGGGUCAGAGCUAAUUUACGACCUAUACGCAGUAUCUGAACACGUGGGAAGUCUAGGUGGAGGUCACUACACUGCCGUUGCGCAGAAUCCAGCAAACAAGCGCUGGUUCGACUACAAUGAUAGCCACACCAGGCAGACGUCAGCAAAGAAUGCUGUCUCCUCUCGGGCAUAUGUGCUCUUCUACAUCCGCCGUGACCAAGUCUAG